GCCCGCCCCAAGCAACCCCGCAAGGCUGCGAUCGAGCUUCCGAGUGCUGAGCACAAGACAUCCCACCUCAACGGCCCCUCCAACCACAACCCAGGCAAGGAGCUUCUGAAAGGCGCGUGCUGCCCACGAUGCCGGCCUACAACUCCGUAUUCAACACCGCCGAACCGGCCCCACGGCUGGUCGGCAACUUCCCGCUCUUUCCCCUGCGGACCAAGAUCCGGGGCCCCGUGUACCCGCUGCCCUUCCCGGACCCGCCGCUGCCGGCGGACGAGUCUCCCGAUCCGAACUCGGAGAGCUACGAUAUCCUAGACGAGGUGCUCGCCCUCUUCCGAGCCAACACCUUCUUCAGGAACUUUGAGAUUCAAGGCCCCGCCGACCGUCUUCUCGUCUAUGGCAUCUGGUUCGUUUCCGACUGCCUGACCAAGAUCAAGCCGACCGCCAACCUGCGCGAUGCGACCAAGGACGUGACGAACCUGGCGUUGGACCUGAACUUUGCGCUUCCCGGGGACCCUGCAUGGCCUUUGAAUCAAAUGUAUGAGCCGCCCCGCGACAGGCAAGACGCAGAGAUCCUCCGGCAGUACAUGUCCCAGGUCAGGCAGGAGCUGGCGACGAGGUUAUUGGCGAGGGUAUACGACGAGGGUGACGCCAAGCCGAGCAAGUGGUGGUUGAGCUUCACAAAGCGGAAGUUUAUGGGCAAGGGACUUUGAGGCGGGAGACUGGUCGACGCUAAAACAAUCACACAAUUGCAUGGAUAGAACGCGGGC